AUGGAUUGGGAUCGCAGAAGAUUCGACGACCGCCGCGGGGGAGAAAGUUAUCGGCCAGCCGAACGACCAGGCCGAUCGCCCUCUCGAGGAUACGAAAACCGUCGACGCUCGCCACCACGAAAUCGCUCGCGUCCGCGUGCCGAUACCUGGGUACCCUCUAAUCGAACAUAUGGACGUCCCCGCAGUCGCUCACCCGAAUAUCGACGCCGCUCGCGAACGCCUCCCUUCCAGGGUAGAGGCUAUGGACCAGGCUCGUACGGUAGGCGAAGGUCCCCUCCACGACGAUUUUCGCCUCGAAGAGACGACCGCCUCCGAUCGCCUCCUCCUUCCUGGCGGUCUCGAUCCCCUGGAUAUAACGAGAGUAGGCCGCGCGACCUGUCCCGGGGUCGCGGCAGCCCAAGACGGGCCCGGGAUCCCACUCCAGGAAGUCAAGAUCCCCGAACUACCAGACACACCUCCCCUCCCCUUCCCGAUAAUGAUAGACCGGCACAAGCUAUCUCCUCAGACGCCCAACCGACGCUAGUAUUCCGCUCACAGGGCUCCACCGACGCUCCUCGUCGACAACAGAAUGCCGAUAAGAGAGAGCGACCCUUGUCACCGUCAAGACAAUCGCCCGCUCACGCUGCCGCAGCUCCCGAAUCUGGCGCCACAUCCAGGCGUUCAUCUCCCUCCAUACAUCCUGACCGAAUGGGGGUCGCCUCUAUCCGCAGUCACAGCCGAUCACCUAUGCGGCAAUCCCCCUCACUUCGCCCGCCACCAGGCCCCCGAAGCCGAUCCCCAUACCGAGAUCCCCAUCGUGAAAUGGAGUCGCUAGGUCCUCGGAGGUCGCAAGAUGACACUCGCAUUUCAGAAAAGGUGCUCGCGGAGCAAGGUCAAAUAAGUGGUGCUCGAUCGCCGGGCAACAUCCCUACCCAGCCAAGAAACGCUGGGAUCCGUCAACCUCCGCCUUCGGGGCCCUCUCAGGGGUCGCAUGUGGCUGCUCCUGGACCAAAUCGUGGCCCUCAUAAUAUGUCACUGUUGUCUGCGCCCACUCGUCCUCGUCGUGGGCCGGGUUCUCGAGACGGGCCAUGGGGUGGAUCUCCUAUGGCGCGCCGUGGACCGCCUACAACGCCCGCAGCACAUGGUGUCCCCUCUGGGCCACGCGCUUCCUUUUCAUCCCCCGUACCCGGAGGCGGGGGUCACUAUCGGCACGCGGGUGCUCGACAACAUAGUGUAGCAUCUGCCCAUCCACCCACAGGACCGAAACCCCCGAGUCAUCUUGCUGGGUUGAGCACUAUCAUCCCGGGUGGGAGGGCUUUCCCUUCGACCCUGGAUCCCGCGACGGAAAAGCGUCUUCACCAGCUCGAAGCGGAUCGAGAGAAGAUCCUUGAUCAGGUGAUGGAGACUCAAAAGUCUAAACGGGCCGGAUUGCGCGACUGGGAUCGACUGGAUCGUGAGAGUUCCAUUUGUGCUUUGAAGAGCGAGUUGGCGGAGGGCCAUCUACAGCGCAUGGCCGAGGAGAGCGGCAUUGGGGGUGGUGUUUUAUUCUGA